CGUACAUACUACUUGAUUAAGUACACACUUUAGUCUACAGCUAAACCUUCUCCUCUCCUGGUAUCACCUUGCCCGUCGAUUCCCCAAAUAAGUACCUACUCGACCAUGCCUGAGAAGAACGCAUUGGAAGGAGGCUGCCUGUGCGGCAGGAUCAGGUACAGAGUUGAUGUGGACGAGUCCAUCUACAAUGUCAUGUGCCACUGCUUAAACUGCAAGAAAUCAAGUGGCACACACAUGGUCAAUUCAAGCAUCUUCCCAAAACAGCACUUUACCCUAACCUCGGGUAUACCAAAGACGUUUCAGGACACAGAUACAGACUCCGGUCAGCCUUUGUAUAGGCAUUUCUGCGGUGACUGCGGCAGCCCGACCCAUAUCACCACACCUGUCGUGGAUGCUAUCGUUUCUGUUCUCAGCGGCACCCUCGACGAUGGGACAGACUGGUGGAAGCCCAACAAGGAGCAAUAUAUCGAAACCAAGUCUCACUGGCUUCCCAACUUGGCUGUCUCCAAAAAGGAUGGCGUCGUCGAGAGACAUCCUCGAGGACCCCUGAAAAAACAGGUUUACUGAAAUCAGAUUGCAACGUACAGGACUCGACCCUCAAUCAAAAUGCAGAUUCUCGAAAACAUCAGCUCAACAAAGCCGCGUGGAAGCAACGUCCAUGCCGCAUGUCACCCUUGAAUCACUCAGUCUCGAGCCGGCAUCUCUCUCAGUAACUUCAACCUCGCCGGUAUUUUUGAAAAUUUGCGCCGUCAUGCUGCGAAUUGCGGGGUUGAGUGCCGGAUGACACUGAUGAAGCCUCAAACUGGCCAUCCUCUGCCAUAGUUUGGUCGACGCCUCCUCUGAAUUAUCUCAAAGCCGUGUAUCAGCUCAAUCUCGUCAGGAUCACACCGCGUGCGAUUGUCUGGAAGCGCCGAAUUAGGAUCUGGCACCAAUAGGCAAUCAAAGACACGGCUCACCUUUGCAGGUCCAGUAUCUUUGUAUCAUCCAGCCAAGUGGCGCGAGUGUAGCAGUGAGGAUCAGACUGGCAAGCGGGACGACAGUCAGUACUGUCCAUUGCAUCUUCACAAUAUGGGUUGUGCUGCCUCUUUGCGGCAGUCUUUGGUGGAUGCGCUGGGUGCUGUUCUGAAGUCGGGUUGAUCAAGGUGAUGAGGACUCGCAUGACCAGAUCUCUUGGAGGCACUGUCAGCGGCCCUGUCCUCUAUAAGGCCCUUCAAUUACCUUGGACCUGGUCAUAUUGUUCGGUUUUUCUCUUUUCCACGUCGACACGAAAGUCUCGCAUCGAGGGGGGAUGGGCAAGGAUGAUGGCAGUUGCCCACCGUGUCGAUGUGGCCAAGACCCAGACGAUUUUACAGCAAAUCACAUCUAUUCUCUGAAACAUCCAGGCCACAAAUGCAGGACCCCAGCGGCCCUGAAUACACCUGGAGGUGCAUACCUACACAGAUCUGGUCAGAUCGGUCCAUCCAUACCACGACUAAGUACCGGCACUAGGACAAGCCACCCGAUCCAAUCACAGCUCCAUGCCAGGAAGCAGCCAGGCAGAGCAGCUGAAUGCGGCAACGUAUGAGACAUGGCACAUGUUGAUGACCUGAUGUCAACUAUCCUAAGCGCCAGCAUCGCCUCGUCACCAGCCGUUGAUACCUUUCGCGGGUAGCAUCGGUAGCAUCCCAACACCUCAAACACUGCCCUCCAUGAGCGAGUCAUCACCAUGGUGGAUGUGACGCACUGGAAGACGAUGUAGCAGUUCAGAGCACAACAGGCAAGAAAUCACAGCUGCCGGGGCAGCCGCCGUUGAGAGCCCAGAGGUCCGUCUCCAAUGGUUCGCAUAUGAUCUUCCAUGCAUACCGACCCAGUAGACAAAUAGGCCCUUCGAGGUGCUGUGCCAAGGUUCACUCCACCCUCUUUCCUGUACGUCUGCACAUCACCUUCGGCAGGAUUCCCGUGCCCUUGCAGAUGUCAGAGGGUGAAGCACGAUAUGGAUCAUUGGCGCAGAACGCAUUCGAGGCAGCCAUCCCCAAGGAGCGCCUGUCUCGGCUUCCUGCGCAUAUUCCGAUCUCGCUCACACGUCUGAACCGGUGGCCGACAUUGUGCUCGUCCCCCAACGACCGUACAGCUAACUGCCUGGCCCCAGAACGAGAUUGGCAGGCCUCCGAAUACCAGCGGGUAUCCACCCCUCAGAUAACUUUUCACAAACAAGAGCACCCAGACAAGAGAAAAAAGGCGACCAGAAUCGACAUCUUUUAGUCCGAAACACGAAUGUUGCGAACCGGACGGGUAGGUCUCUUCUCGGGAGAGCUUGUCUUCAGCGCCGAUGGGCCCUCUGUUCUCUGCCUCUUGUUUGGCUGCGUUGGAGCGUAGGGGUCGGCCGUCUCUAUCCGGGAAACGAACAAGAACAUACACCACCCGAUGCCUGAAGCCCGA